CUCCCGCAGUCUUCUGUCUCUGUCAAAUUCAAUUUUGGAGUCUUGAUUGAAAACCAGAAUAUUAAAAGCAAAAAAAAGGGAUGAUAAGGGAAGAGAGAGAGAGAGAGUAUGGUUUGAAGUGGGGCGAUGGAGAGUUCUCGAUUUGGAUUUUUUUUGAAUAGGAGCAUAGGGAGGGAAAAGGAGAUAGGAGAGAGGGGCUGUCUCUUUACUUGGGUCGCCUCACUUCACUUUCAGUCUCUCUGUGGUGAACGCCAGAAGGGCUUUCUCUUCCCUCACUUCCUCCCUCUCUCUCUCUCUCCCUCUCCACGACACACAGUAGGUGGAUAAGAGGGGGGAGGGAGUAAGGCCGUAACGGCGCACUCGUUCUGUUACUUCUUUCUCCACCUCUUUCGCUUCCCAUUUACGUUUGGUUUCUUGAACUGAGGGUGAGGACUGAGAAGGGAGAGGAACGGGUUGUGGAGGGGCGUCAUGCCGUGAUGCAAAUGUCCUCCUCCUUCUAGGCGAUUUACCUCCACUCCGAGAGCAGCGGUCUGUUUGAGGUGAAAUUUGAAAACAUUCAACAUCUCCUUGAUUUUCUCUAUUGAGGAUCCUCAGAGGCAAUGGACAAGGAAAACGUAUGUCAUGGAGCUCCAAACCUCACAGGUCGAAUCACUCGUGCAAGAGCAGCAGCCUUUCGCGCUUCUAGUAUUGCCUUAGGAACAUCUUCAAUGAAGCAAGAGAAGAAACACAUAACCCGCAGAUACCCUAAGCGAGUUGCGUUGGAUGACAAUCAACCUGCCGUAGGCAUAUCCAACUUUCAGAGCAAGCGGCAGGCGGUGCUAAGGGAUGUUUCUUACCCUAAGCGAGUUGCGUUGGAUGACAAUCAACCUGCCGUAGGCAUAUCCAACUUUCAGAGCAAGCGGCAGGCGGUGCUAAGGGAUGUUUCUAAUAUUAUAUGUGAAAGUUCAUAUGUUAACUGCAUUAAAGCAGCCAAAUUGAAGCUUCAGACUAAAAGCUGCAAGAAUGUUAAGUUGAAAACUGGCGUGAAGGACGCCACCUUUGGCCCCUCUGAUGAUGGAUCAACUGCAACAAAUCAGGAGAAUUCAGAAGUCAUGACACAAAGAAGUAUACUUGCUGAUGCUCUGAUUGACAUUGAGCAUGCGAAAGCAAAUGAGGAGGUCCUAGAACUUUCUACAGAAAACAUGGUCUUCACUGACAAAGGUGACACAGUCAAUGAUGUAGACAUGGAACUCCAAAAAUCAACUGCCAUGCACGUUAUAGAUAUUGAUGUUGACCAUAAGGAUCCUCAGAUGUGUAGCCUUUAUGCCUCAGAGAUCUAUGCUUAUUUACGGGAGGCUGAGUUGAAGCGCAAGCCAUCACAUAAUUACAUGAGUAUGGUUCAACAAGAUAUUUCUCCAGCUAUGCGGGCAAUCCUUAUAGACUGGCUUGUUGAGGUAUGUGAGGAGUAUAGACUGGUUCCAGAUACUCUAUAUCUGACUGUCUUCUACAUUGAUCGGUUCCUUUCUGGCAAUCCUGUUGAAAGAAAGAUGCUACAGCUAGUUGGCAUUACGUGCAUGUUUAUUGCAUCGAAGUACGAAGAGAUAUGUGCACCUCGUGCAGAGGACUUUUGUUUGAUUACAGACAAUACAUACAAUAGGGAACAGGUCCUAAAGAUGGAGAUUGAUAUCUUGAACCAUUUGCGCUUUGAAUUGACUGCACCUACUACAAAGACAUUUCUUAGGAGGUUUCUGCGAGCAGCCCAAGCUUCGUACAAGAUGGAUCGAGACUUUUCAUUGGAGUUCUUGGCAAAUUAUCUAGCAGAACUUACAUUGCUUGAUUAUGGGUUCCUGAAAUUCUUCCCUUCUCGUAUAGCUGCAUCUGCUGUAUUUCUAGCCAAAUGGACGCUGGACCAAAUGUCACACCCUUGGAAUCCAACCCUGGAGCAUUACACCAAUUACAAGGCUUUGGAGCUAAAAAAUGUUGUGUUUGAAAUUCAUCGUAUACAAAUGGACGCCAAGGAGGAUGCCACUACAAAUCUCUCACUGAAAGCAAUAAGGGAGAAGUACAGCCAACAAAAGUUCAAGUCAGUGGCUGCUCUAUCGUUCCCAAAACCAGUUGAUACACUUUUUCUGUGAGAUUAUUUUGUUAAGCAACUGACCGCUGGUUCAUUCGACGAAGAUCCAGGAAUACUGAUAUGAAUGACAGUGUGCUACCUUUUCCUUUGCGUCUUGAAAAUAGGUUGGUGCAUCAAUUAUGGACCAUGAAGAAAGAUGUGCAGGUGCAACCACUGUAUUUCAAGCUAGAGUUACUAACAUUAUCAUAGCUUUCUCGGUAGCGAUUCUGUUGCUACUCUUCUCAGUAGCUCUGACUGCCCGUAAUCAUUUGUGUAUGUUUAACUGUUAAUUCUAAUCUCUUCUGGUCACAAAAAUUGUGUGACAAUCCACUGAACAGUUGAGGUUUUGUUUUGGCGGUCCGGAAAAAAUAAUUUUGUAUCAUUGGAUGCAUAUAUGAGAAAAAGUUGUUCAAGAA